ACUGCACAACCACCAUGUUGUGUUCGCCCGCUCGUUGUUGACCUCUUUUUUCCUGUCGAGUUAAAGAAUAACUUUUUUUGUUCUCUCUUGGGAUCAAUUGCCAUGUCAUGAUCUGUCCGGACCGUACAAGAAUGUUGACUUGAACCCACAUGAGCAAGUAUUACCCGCAAGAAAUUGAUCAAAGUCCGCACGACAUAUACCUCAGGCCCCUGAGGCCUGAGGACCUGAUCAAUUGUUGCCACGCAAAACUUGCUUGGAGAUGUGCGGGUACAGAACGUUGCCUUAUCAACUUAAUCAAAGCAUUGUUGGUGCUUGAUCUUUCUUCGACAUCCAACACAUUUACUCCAACGACUUCACUUUACAUUUCUUCCAGUAUUGCGACAAUAGAGUCUCCUAGUCACCCGAUAGAAAUUCGAGUUGGAUGCAGACAAGAUGCGAACAGUUUUCCGCAACUAUUUUUUAAGGAGGACGGGCCCAUCGUCACACUAGGACAAUCUGGUAAAUCUGUGCCCAAAGGAUUGUUGUGUGCAACUGAAGCCAAACGACCCUGCAAUAUCCGAACAUGCCCCCGCUCUUCUGUUUCUUCGAUCCACUCUGGGAGGUGCAUUGAACACGCUCUUUCCGUUUGUUUCGUUCCACUCGACGGCAUCUCGGAUGAUGAGGUUCCCGACUCAGUUUUUCCGCAAGCGAUCGACUUUUUUUUCAAAUGGACAGGCAUUCCUUCCGUCCUUUGUACGUUAAGCUUUGACAGUAAUCUUGUAAGAAUCGCUUCCUAGAAUCAUGGCGCGAAUGAGGGCAUGACGUACUAACGGCUUGUUCGUGAUUAGAUAAUGCGGUUACUGUGCGGUAGCAAAUACGUCAGGCGCCGGACGUUGCCUUGUAGAUCUGCGCUGUUUGCGAGUUCAACAAUGCAUUGAGAUACCCGCGCCGGCGCGUCCUGUACGCUUCGCAUUUAACCACGCAGCAUCAC